AUGUGGCGCAGUAAGCGUCGGACCUGGACGCGCGCGCAGCUGGACCACGAGCGCAUUGAGUUCUUCGAGACGCGCGUUACCGGCAGGCCGGAGAUCUGGGCCGCGGUUUCGACGGCGAUAUCGCUGAUUCGCAGCGGUGAUUUGGUUACCGCGCAAAGUAUUAUCGAUGCUGCGGGGAUUACGGUUCCCACCGGGGAUCUUUGUGAGGGUUGCUAUGACGAGCAGGGCGUGCUUUACAGGGUUCCGCAAUGUGUUGUUAGUGAUCCAGAGAAUAUGGUUCCCUCGUCUUCGCGGACGGCUAGUGAAGAUGGCGGUUCUGCUGGAUAUGAGGAGCCGGAUGCUGGGACGCUCUCGGAUGGUAAGCUCGCUACGGAUGAUGUUUCCGGGGACGAGUUGGUUUUACAGGAUGUUGAACGCCGCCGUGAGGAGAAGGGGAAGACGAGGGAGCGGGAUUUAAUUCGUGUGUGUGCUCGCUUGAGUGACCGUGGGGGUCCGGAUAUCUUGCUUUCGCUCCAGGAUGAUAGGCGCGUUCGAAUCGCUUAUCUUGGCCACUUUUUAAAUGAGCGUGAACCGCUCGUUGAUCAGGGGUGGAAAACUGGGCAUGUUGUCAAUGCUUUAGUUGUUUCCCCCGUUCGUGAUCUAGGCCUUGGACACCGAUCCUAG